ACACCCCUUUUAUUACUAGACCAAAUAAAACAUAAAUGCAUGUUGUCAUGAGCAACACAUGCUUUCAACAAUAGACAACCUAAUUUCUACCUUAUAUGUUGUCAUGAGCAACGUACACACACAUUACAACUCUCAAAAUUCCUUUCAAAUAAGGACUCUUCCAAGCUAAGUACUUUUAGUUCUACCUAGCUAGUUGUAUAAUCAACACACAACCUUACCUUCUCAUCUUUGAUACCAAAUUCCCAUAUUCAAAACAAUUUUUAUGCAUGGAGAAGAAAAACCUACUAAAAGAUGAAACAUUUCUCCAACACCCUUAUCUUGUUGCUAUUUUUCUUGUUUUGAGUUUUCUUGUGAUGGACCCUUUUCAUCUGGGUCCGGUAUCCGGACACAACUUUAGACCUGUGAAACACAACAUUGCACCAUAUAAACAAGUCAUGAAGAAUUGGCCUCGAGACAACAUGAGCAGGCUAGGAAUGCACGGAAAAUUAGAAUUUGAAAAUGAAGUAUUUGGACCGGAGUCACUCGAAUUUGACAACAUGGGCCGUGGUCCGUACACCGGUUUAGCCGAUGGCCGCGUUGUUCGAUGGAUGGGGGAAGAAUUGGGUUGGGAAACAUUUGCAGUUGUCACAUCCAAUUGGACUGAGAAGAUUUGUGUGAGGGGAAAUGACUCAACAACUUAUAAGCAAUGGAAGCAUGAAAAAAAAUGUGGGCGUCCCCUUGGUUUGAGAUUUGACAAAGAGAAUGGAGAUUUAUACAUAGCAGAUGCAUAUUAUGGCCUUCUUAAGGUUGGACCAAAUGGGGGACUAGCUACACCAUUGUCAACCCAUGUUGGAGGAAAACCUAUCCUCUUUGCAAAUGACCUUGAUAUUCAUAAGAAUGGAUCUAUCUUUUUCACGGACACAAGCAAAAGAUAUAAUCGAGUUGCGCACUUUUUUAUAUUAUUGGAAGGAGAAGCAACGGGUCGGCUACUUAGAUAUGAUCCUCCAACCAAAACAACUCAUGUUGUCUUGGAAGGUCUUGCUUUUCCUAAUGGAGUGCAACUUUCUAAAGAUCAAUCCUUCCUUGUAUUUACUGAAACCACCAAUUGCAGGCUAAUGAAACUUUGGAUGGAGGGUCCUAAAAACGGAACAGUGGAACAUGUAGCCGAUCUACCAGGAUUUCCGGACAACGUAAGAAUGAACGAAAAAGGACAAUUUUGGGUGGCAAUAGAUUGUUGUCGAACUGGAGCUCAAGAGGUUUUGAGUAACAAUCCAUGGUUAAGGAGUAUUUACUUUCGUUUGCCUAUAAGAAUGAUGUAUUUGGCUAAAGCAAUGGGGAUGAAAAUGUACACUGUGAUUACACGUUUAGAUGACAAUGGAAAUAUUCUUGAAGUUCUUGAAGAUAGAGAAGGAAAAGUGAUGAAGUUGGUAAGUGAAGUUAAAGAGAUGAAUGGGAAGCUUUGGAUUGGAACUGUAGCUCAUAAUCACAUCUCCACCUUACCUUACCCUUAAAAACUUUGGCUAAUUUAGUACUAUGCAUUAAAUUAAAUUAAAUUUCUCUUGUAUCUUGGAUUAGAAUUUUCCUUCUGGUAAAAUUAAAUGGUAGAUUGCUUAAUCUGUACCUGUGUAACAACAUUUCAGUUUUAAUCAAAUAAUUAUUUUUCCAA